GGAGAUUUGUCCUGGGUUAUGGAUGAAGGCACAGGCCGUAAGGGUGUCUCAGGAUGGGGGAGAGAGAUACUUCCUGGAGAUCCCUCACCGUAUAUGGGAUAACACAUUGGGAGGUUUUCUGGCGCAAUGGGAAAGGGACAGGUUGCAAGGAGAGGGGUGUCCCAGGACUUUGUAUAGGGGAACGGUUCGGGGUGGGUGUCCCUGGACUUUGUGUGUGUAUGUGCUUGUGUGUGUGUGUAGAUCACUCGAGGUAUCCUGGAACUGUGGGGAUCACCUAGUUUCUUCCUGUUGGAGAAUGGACUGUUAGGCCUUUGGCAUCCAGGGGGAAAGUACUGACCACGUACAAGCCACAGAUGCCCAGGCCCCAAUUCUGCAGGCUCCUUCAUUCUGCGGCUCCGGCCCCUGGACUGUGGUGAUGUCAAGCCAGUUGGGAUUGCCUCACUCGGGUGCUUCCUCCCAUCUCCGCUUUUGAUCAUGUCUCUAUAGCCUUAGAAAUAAGGAAUCUUUAUAUUUCUACAGAUGUGUCAGUCUUUAAGCAAAUCCAGUCUACAAUCCUUGAGUUUAUUCAAAAGCUUAAAUUAGGGAUCUUUAAAAAAACCUGAAUUUCCCAGUUGAGUUCCUAUGGGAUUCUUUGAGAGGGCAAGCUCCCCCAUGCAGUUAACACUAGUCAGUUUAUGGAAAAUCUGCUUAAUUCGACAAAUGUUGAGUUAAAUUGUCCACUAUGCUCAAAGCACUGUUGUGGGGAAUCUCAGAGAAGAGCAAGACAAGGCCCUAACCCUCCAGGAACCUUGUCUAGCUGGGAAGAUGAGACAGAUACCUGUGAAAUAGGCAAUGAUUUUAGGAGAGAACUGUUGGCUGAUGACUGAGCUUUCACUAUUGUACCACACUUUCUGACAUGAUGGGAUCGGGCAGACCAGCCUCAACCUGUGUUCAUCUAGCAUCUAGUGUCCAACUGGAUGGGAGGAGUGACCCCAGGAAACUUCAGACCCAGAACCAGCUGCAGUUUAAUAGGAAUGUUCCUACACAUUCAAGCAACUUGGCAAUCCAAUAUUCUUGCCCACAUGGAAUUAGAAUUGAAAAACUAAAGCACUCAUACAAUGAGUCAUACCAUUGUAGAGAUUCAGGUUUUAGAGACGGUCCUGACCUGGGCAGUUCUGUUUCAUUUUCUGUCAUAUCAGAAGAGAGACUUAGCUAUGCCGUCCAUCUAGCCAAAAGAGAUGUAAAACGAAGACAACUUGAAGAACAUAUAAAAGAACACCAUCUCAGAAGUCAGCCCCAAAUCCUUCAGAAAUGUGGACAGUCUAACCAUAAAAUAUCUGACCAUAGAGUGGAAAGGAAGGAAUCAAAGAGUCGGGCAGUCUGUCACGGCAGCAACCAGCCAUCCAAAGUAGAAAUUUCCAGCUCAGGUGCCAAGGUAUACCUGUACACAUCUCAUCCAGGACAGUCAGACCUCACCAUGCCAAACUCGCCACCCACUCGCGAUCCAGGACUUCAGCCACAUGCCAGGGUAGGUGACCACAAAAGCCUGCUGGGAGUUCAGCGACUCCAGAAAGAAUUGAGCAGUUGCAUCCGUAAAAUUGAAGAAUUAACUAAAAAAGAUCGCAUGGAAGAAGCUUUGGAUCCAGAUGAAGAGCGGAGAAUCCGUGUCAGGAGGAAGGAGCAGGCCGUCCGUUCUGCCCGAAUGCUCUACGUCCUCCAGCAGCAGGUUAAAGAAAUCCAGGAAGAAUUGGAUAAAUUGAGUCCACAUAAAAUUAAACAUACUAAGAAGUCAUGGGCAGUGUCCAGGCUGGCAGCUGCCCAUCGAGGAGCCAUUCGGGCCUUACAGAUGUUUGUUACUCAGUUUACUGACCGGGUGGAGCACGCAGUUCCUAUUUGGUGCAAGGAAUUGGGCAGUCUCAUCCGCCAGCUUUCACUCUGUUCUGCCAAGCUGGAGGCCAAUUCUUCUGUCCCUGAUGUGGUGAUAGAUAUCCUGCAACAAACUGAGGCUUUGGAAUCCCUCCUGGAAAAGACACUGUCACCAAAAAAGGCAAAGAAAUGUUUCAGUGAAAUUCAGAGCAGAUUUCCUGUUGGUAGCCAAAGGGCCUUAGAGAGAUGGCGAAGUACAUCACCAAAGAGUGAGAGGAGGCCCUUCGUAGCAAAGGAGAUAUUUCCACAGGAAACAAGAGGACCUUCAGUGGCAAAGAAGCUUCUUGCUGAUAAGUAUCAACCUGAUAUAGAGCUUCCAGUGACCCAGAGGUUGGAAAACGAGCUUGAUGUAUUAGAUGCGGAUAUCCUUCCGGAAGAAGCUCCAUCUGUUGUAGACCAAAAUGCGAACUUCAAAGAAGAGGCAUUAGCCCUGGCAAAAACAAGAGCAGGGAAAAAGAAGCUUGUGACUGAGAAUGUGCCACCCUUUAGGAAGAAAGAUACUGUGGCACCGGCAAGACUACAGCAAGGACUCCACAAAGCUGAAAAAAGUAGACCACCCCAAUCUUACAGCAAAAGCAGGUUGCAACGGACAACAGUCUCCUCCAGGUUAAAAAUGAACCAGCAGCCUGUGAAGGACCAUAAGGCUCCUUGGAUACCUCCAAACCCCACAUCCCCACUGGCAUCUCCUAAAUGUGCUGCCUGGCUAAAGGUGAAAUCUAGCCCCAAAGAUGCCGCAAAAGAACAGUCUCUCCAGAAAGAAGAUACUCAAGAGGAAAGUCAGUUGAGAGGUGCUGUUGAGCACGAAGCAGUGAGUGUUUCUGCCACCCAAUUAGCGGAUAAGGUAGAGAAGGCAGUUCUGGAGCGUUUGAAGCCUCUCCUGGUCAAGGCCCAGAGAGUCAAUUCUUCUGUGGAAGCAGAUACUCGUUUGAAGGAUCGACUGUCAGUGAUCGCAGCAACAGCCCAGCCUGCGGAGAAGGCUACAGCUGUUGAUUGUGAAUCCAGUAGCAUUCAGCAGCUGGAUGAUUUUUUGGAAGAUGCCGCUCAUGAGCUCUGGGCUGUGACUCACUCUAAGAUCUCGGAGCCUGAGGCCUUAGCCACCUGGGGGGGCAGCAAUGACAGCCCAUGUCUGGAGGCCAUGAUGCUCCGCAUGGAGGAAAUGGAGAAAUACCAGGAGACGGUUCGCCAAAGAUAUAAUAAAAUUGUAUUUACUGAUCCUCAUCUUUGGAUGCAGGAAGAAAAAAAUGACCAAAAAAUCCCAGCAGUAAGUGAAAGGCGUCUUUCUCCUCAUCCAAUCAGGAUCACAAAGACAGCAGCUCGCAAAGACCCAGAUGUGAACAUCGUGUUAGAAAGGCCCUGCAAUGGCACUUCCCUAGAUGAAAGUGUGGGAACAGAGGAGAGACCGGAAAAAAGAGAGAAUCCCCUUCUCUCCCUUUCAGAAGAUGCUCAGCAGAAGGAAGGCCGAGCUGCUCUCUUUGUCCCGCGGGGCAUGCGGCGCAGCAUUGGUGACUACUGCCGCCGCUUCGAGCAGUACCUCCGGGUUACUGCGCACGAGGCUGUGGGCUCCUUCAACCCGUGGCUGAUAGCUGAAAGGAUGUCGCCUGUGAGGAGCUGCAGAUCCCAUCUCCGAGGUGCCGAUGCAUCGGGGAUUCCAACUCAGAACUUCCAGAACUGCUGCAGAGUGGGCUUGGCGGGGGCCCAGGGCUCGGGCAGAGGGCAGAGGAGUGGAUGCGGGACCGCAGCAAUGACUGCCUUGAUGCCGGGGUCCCUUUCCCCUCUGCCUGCUGGUGCUGGGGGCCGGAGGGGAGGCGGUGAGUAGCAUCCUUUCUGCCUCUCCUCCCUCUCUUCCUUUGCUCGCAGUUCCUGCUUCCCUGAAACCGAGGGGAGUGUGUGUGCAGGGAGUGGGCAGCCAGAGGCAGUGCCUGGAGGAGGCAUGAACUGUGCACUGGUGGGUCUGGAAGGCAAGAGUGAGCGUCGGAGCGAAGCCCCCAGGGCCCAGAGGAGAGGAAGGGGCUCUAAGCCCGGUCGGAAAGCUUCCGGUUUUCUCUGUGGUGCCAUGUAAGUUUCCUUAACUCUUGAAUGUUUCUGAGGGAGUAUUUUAGCAACUUGAGGGAGUGAUGAGAAUUCCCCGCAAACCCUGUAAAUCGGGUGUCUGCUCACCACGCACGGGUCACCGCAGGAGCGUCCUUUGGGAGGGCCAGCGGGCUGGAGAGCUCUCGGUUCUGGGGGCUCAUGAGAAGCAGCAGGAAGGCGGAGGUGUGACCACUAUCUUCCUAAAUAGUGGCCUCUCCCAUUUGCCUCUGCUGGCUCAAGAGCAGAGACCUCUCAUCUGUUUAUUAGUUCGUUGAACCUAAUGCGGGCUGGCCUGGAAGGGCUUCCACCAGACGUCCUGAGGGCUUCCCUCGGUCAGGGCCCCAGGGAAUCCCAUGUCGGGCCCCGGGCUGGCUGUCAGGCCCAAGUGAUCUCAGUCGACUCCUCCGUCAGUGCGGGUCCCACACAGGGACCAGGCUCGCAGCUCUGAUAAUGACUCUGGGCUGGCUGUGUGGCCAGGCCUCCUCUUUGCUUUGCGGCUCCGGUUCUAGGUCCCUCUUGCCAGCCUGCCCAGUAUGAUCAUACUCUGAUCAACCUGUUCCUGUGACACUGGGCCUGCUCUGCUCUCCCCAGUCUUCCCAGAGCCUCAAGUGUGGCCUCUGACCCUCAGCCUGGAGCAGGGAGCCCCGAAGUGGCCCCCACCCUCUCUGAUGAACCCCCGUUAUCUGCUGCUCUUCCUAGAGUCCCCUUAGCUGUUUCUGUGCUCCAUCUGCCUGGUAACCCUGAUCGAUUUUUCUUGAACCAAACCUGCUGCCUCUCACCUUUUUUUCUGGCUGACUUUCCAUCCACCCAGCGGGACUUUUCUUGUGGCUGAGUCCAUCCUUCCCGCCACUGAAUCAGACCCCCCACCCGCAUGCCCCAGCGGGUGUCCGGAGGUUGGGCUACUCCAUGUCCCGACGCCACGAAAUGAGUAAGACGCCUGCGCCUCCUACCCUUCUCUGAGCUCCAGCUCUCCCGGGGGCUGACUGAGGGGCUGCUCCCCUCCCAUUCUGCUCUGGAUCCAAGAGAAGUCACCCUAUCCCAGAGCCCCUCUGUCACAGCCUUUGCCUCCCCAGGCCCUGUCUCCCUUUGCUUCCAUUGCAACCCUCCCCCGGGCCCCUCGGCACCCGCUCUGGGUGUGUCUUCGCACCUUGUGCCGUUCCUCGCCCUCCCCUCCCCAGCCUCCCUCACUGCCCCCUCCCUGGACCAGAAGCAUUUACCUUCUGCUCUGGUUGUCUCCCUGGAAUCUUCCAUCCACACACUGUUCCUCUGUCUUCCCUUGGGUGGGGGUGAGGUCAGCCUAAGGCCUCCCACUGUGGGCGCCAUGCCUGUGUCUAGAAGCUUGCUCUGUCUCUAUCCACACCCGGCAUCCCAUUUGGGAAUGCGAGAAUUCCAGCAGCGUCCGGCUCUUGACACACUGUGAUCAGAUCCUGGACACUUGGGCUCUGCCAUCUGCCCCACAGCUCCAGGGUUCCCUAAGCCUGGGCUGAAUUACCUGGGAGGCCCCCAGCAGACGAUUCCUCGAGAUGGCAUGGGAGGCUGGGAGUCCAGAGAGCUGGGGAGAUGAGGCUGGCCACCAGCACCUGUGCAGCCACUUGUCUUUAUGGCCCCUACAGACCGAGCUCCAGGGCCAGGCCCAGGAGGAAACAUGGUUCUCCUUAGCCAUGAUUGUCCAACACACUGUUCUUGGAGAGUUACUGAGAGGCCGAGAGAGGUUAAGUGAAUAUUUGGGGUUUAACCCCAUCCCACAUCUACUCAGCACUUUACAAUUCACAAAAUGCCUUUCAAUACAUUCCCUUCUGUCUUUCAGUCACUGUAGCCACCCUGCAUUGUGUACCAGCAGUAACACGGACUGCUUAAGAAUGUGAGCCACGAGUUAAAAUCUCCUGGGACCUCCAUGCCUCAGUUUCCUAAUCUGUGAAAUGGGGAUAACAGUAGUAUCCACCCAGGGUUACUGUAUGGAUUAAGGGAAGUAAUCCUUGCAAACAUUGAGAAGAGCACCUGGCGGAUAGUAAGUGCUCAGCAAGUGUUCACUCUUAGGUUUGUCACUGAGGACUUAGGAGGGGGACGCUUGUGGCUGUUCUCACAGCCUUCUUUCUGAAGUGCUCUCCUUGCCUCUUUGCUCUUGUUGUGUUCUUCCUGCCUACAGCCCUGUGUCUCUUCUUGCCUUGCCCUCGAAGCCAAACACUUGGCAACAGUUAGCCAUUCCUUUGGCUGCCCUGAGCCACACAGCUGGUUCCCCCUCCAGCUUAUCCCGCUGGGCCACCUCAGAGAGAUGUCCCUUUUGGCCACGGGACUAACUGCACCGUGGACAGUGGUCCUGUACGCUUUGCUCUAGGGCUCCCAGUGCCACCAGAACCUUCUGAACUGGACCACAUCCUUAAGGGGCAGGCAGAUGAAGUAUUACUAGCCUUGGUUUUUUUUGUUGUUGUUGUUUUGUUUUUUGGCUGCGUUGGGUCUUCUUUGCUGCAUGCGGGCUUUCUCUAGUUGCGGCGAG